AUGGUAACCCUUCGAGCCGACGAAAUUAGUAAUAUUAUCCGUGAACGUAUUGAACAAUAUAAUAGAGAAGUAAAGAUUGUGAAUACCGGUACCGUACUUCAAGUAGGCGACGGCAUUGCUCGUAUUCAUGGUCUUGAUGAAGUAAUGGCAGGUGAAUUAGUAGAAUUUGAAGAGGGUACAAUAGGCAUUGCUCUGAACUUGGAAUCCAAUAAUGUUGGCGUUGUAUUAAUGGGUGAUGGUUUGAUGAUACAAGAGGGAAGUUCUGUAAAAGCAACAGGAAGAAUUGCUCAGAUACCUGUGAGUGAGGCUUAUUUGGGUCGUGUUAUAAAUGCUUUGGCUACACCUAUUGAUGGGAGAGGGGAAAUUUCAGCUUCUGAAUCUCGGUUAAUUGAAUCCCCUGCCCCCGGUAUUAUUUCGAGACGUUCUGUAUAUGAGCCCCUUCAAACAGGGCUUAUUGCUAUUGAUUCGAUGAUCCCUAUAGGACGCGGUCAGCGAGAAUUAAUUAUUGGGGACAGACAGACCGGCAAAACAGCAGUAGCCACAGAUACGAUUCUCAAUCAAAAAGGGCAAAAUGUAAUAUGUGUUUAUGUAGCUAUCGGUCAAAAAGCAUCUUCUGUGGCUCAGGUAGUGACUACUUUCCAGGAGCGAGGGGCCAUGGAAUACACUAUUGUCGUAGCUGAAACGGCGGAUUCACCUGCUACAUUACAAUACCUCGCCCCUUAUACGGGAGCAGCUUUGGCUGAAUAUUUUAUGUACCGUGAACGACAUACUUUAAUAAUUUAUGAUGAUCUCUCCAAACAGGCACAAGCUUAUCGCCAAAUGUCUCUUCUAUUAAGAAGACCUCCCGGUCGUGAAGCUUAUCCAGGAGAUGUUUUUUAUUUGCAUUCACGCCUUUUGGAAAGAGCCGCUAAAUCAAGUUCUAGUUUAGGUGAAGGAAGUAUGACUGCUUUACCAAUAGUUGAGACUCAAUCUGGAGACGUUUCAGCUUAUAUUCCUACUAAUGUAAUUUCCAUUACAGAUGGACAAAUAUUCUUAUCCGCCGAUCUAUUCAAUGCUGGAAUCCGACCUGCUAUUAAUGUGGGUAUUUCUGUUUCCAGAGUAGGAUCCGCAGCUCAAAUUAAAGCCAUGAAACAGGUAGCUGGCAAAUCAAAAUUGGAACUAGCGCAAUUCGCAGAGUUAGAAGCCUUUGCACAAUUUGCUUCUGAUCUCGAUAAAGCUACUCAGAAUCAAUUGGCAAGAGGUCAACGAUUACGUGAGUUGCUUAAACAAUCCCAAUCAGACCCUCUCACGGUGGAAGAGCAGAUAGCUACUAUUUAUACCGGAGCGAAUGGAUAUCUUGAUCCGUUAGAAAUUGGACAGGUAAAGAAAUUUCUUGUUCAGUUACGUACUUACUUAAAAAAGAAUAAACCUCAAUUCCAAGAAAUUCUAUCUUCUACCAAGACAUUCACCGAGCAAGCAGAAGCCGUUUUGAAGGAAGCUAUUCAGGAACAGAUCGAACUAUUUCUACUUCAGGAACAACCAUAA